CAGUACAGUCUUAACAGCUUCCAGUAAAUUAGGAGUUCAUUAAAAGGAUGAGUUUUGGUAAUACUAUUUAGAGAACUUUUUUUAAACCACUGCAUUGUAUUUUUUGAUAAAUGAAGCUUCACUAUGCGAUAAAACAGAAUCUUGAGACGUUCUUUGUGGUAUUCAGGCAUGAAGCUAGAGUUAUAGAGCAAAUUGUGGAAGAUAUAAUGGCCAAAUUGGGUGGGCAGAGACAAUCCAGCAAUGCUGAAAAUCUUGUUGGAAUGGAGUCACACAUGCAAAAAGUGUAUAAAAUGCUUCAGGUCGGGUCUGGUGAAGUUCGCUUCCUUGGAAUAUUGGGAAUGAGCGGACUGGGGAAGACAACUCUAGCAAGAGUUAUUUAUGACAAUAUUCGGAGUCAAUUUGAAGGUGCAUGUUUUCUUCAUGAAGUUGGAGAGCGUUCAGCAAAACAAGGCUUAGAGCGAUUGCAAGAGAUACUUCUUUCUGAGAUCCUUGUCAUAAAAGAUGUAAGGAUCAGUGAUUCAUUUGAAGGAGCUAAUAUGCAAAAACAAAGACUACCGUGCAAAAAGGUUCUUCUUGUUCUUGAUGAUGUUGAUCGCAUAGAUCAGUUAGAUGCAUUAGCUGGGGAACGUGAUUGGUUUGGUCCCGGAAGUAGAGUCAUAAUAACAACCAAAGACAAACACUUGCUUGUUAAGCAUAGGGUGGAGAAGAUAUACAGAAUGAGAACAUUAAGUGAAUAUGAAAGUUUACAGCUCUUUAAACGACAUGCUUUUAAGAAGAGACACCCAACUAAGGAAUUUGACGAUCUUUCAGCUCAAGUGAUAAAGCAUACUGCAGGACUCCCCUUGGCUCUGAAAGUCCUGGGCAGUUUCUUGUAUGGAAGAGAUUUGGUUGAAUGGACAAGUGAAGUGGAAUGGUUGAAAACAAUCCCAGGAAAUGAAAUUUUGAAGAAACUCGAACGAAGUUUUACUGGACUCAACAGUAUCGAGCAAAAGAUAUUCUUAGACAUAGCGUGUUUCUUUACAGGGAAGAAGAAAGAUUCAGUGACCAGAAUACUCGAGAGUUUUAAUUUCAGACCUACCAUUGGCAUAAAAGUUCUCAUGGAGAAAUCUUUGAUUAUCAUUUCAAAAGGUCGCAUUUUCAUGCACCGAUUGAUACAAGAAAUGGGCUGGCACAUUGUUCGUCGAGAAGCUUCUGAUGACCCAAGAAUAUAUAGUAGGUUGUGGACGCACGAAGAUAUUUCUCCUGUACUUGAAAGAAACAUCGUAAGCAUUUGCACUGAAAAGAUCAAAGGCAUAUCCUUGAACUUGACUAGUGAAGAAGAAGUGAAUGUUAGUCACAAGGCCUUCACGCAAAUGACAAGACUAAGGUUUCUCAAAUUUCGGAAUAUAUAUGUUUGCCAGGGUCCUGAUUUUCUUUCUGAUGAAUUGAGGUGGCUCGAUUGGCACGAAUAUCCUUCAAAAAGUCUGCCAAUUAGCUUUCAGGGAGAACAACUUGUUGCUUUGAAAUUGAAAAAUAGUUGCAUCAUACAACUUUGGAAUACCUCUAAGGUUCUUGAAAAAUUGAAGUACAUCAACCUUAGCCAUUCACAUAAGCUAAUAAGGACCCCAGAUUUUUCACGUACCCCUAAUCUUGAAAGGUUGAUUCUUGAGGAUUGCACAAGUUUGGUAGAAAUCAAUUUUUCUGUUGGAGAUCUCAAAAGCCUAGUCCUGCUCAAUCUGAGGAACUGCAAGAAUUUGAAGAGCUUGCCAAAAAGUAUUUUAUUGGAAAAGCUUGAGGUUCUUAUUCUUUCAGGUUGCUCAAAGCUAAAAAUAUUCCCAGAAAUAGAAGAUAAAAUGAAUCGUUUAUCAGAACUGUAUUUGGAAGCCACUGGUUUGAGUGAACUACCAACAUCAGUUGAGAAACUAUCAGGAGUUACUGCAAUAAAUCUAAGUUACUGCAAGCAUCUUGAGAGUCUUCCUAGCAGUAUUUUAAGGUUGAAAUGUCUGAAAACACUUCGUGUGUCCGGAUGUUCGAAACUUAAAAAUUUACCAGAGGACUUGGGACUUUUAGUUGGUAUAGAGGAGCUCCACUGCACUAACACAGCCGUUGAAACAAUUCCGUUCUCCAUUUCUCUUCUAAAGAACCUUAAGUAGUUCAAGCUUCUUCCCUUGGCAUUGUGAAUAGCUGCAAAUAACAUUCCUUUCAUGGUGCAGGAACUAUCCAUGACUGGUGUCUGGUGGCAGAUUUAGUAUUUACGCCCCUGGUGUGUAUAUUCCAGAGUGGUUUACGUACAAGAACUCGGGGACUUCAAUCACAGUGGCCCUGAACAAAAAUUGGUACACACACAAAUCAUGGGGUUCGCUCUUUGUGCUGGUUUUGAUACGAUAACUCCUCCUAUUUUACGUACUGUUGUUUACCCAAAAGUUCCAAGGACCCGUGACACGGUGUAGGUUCACAAGCCAUUGAUGGUCCGUUGAGCAAAAUUAGUGGUUCUUUUGGGUUAAUAGGAAGAGAAAAGUAUCUGGAGUUAAGCCAUACUUUUCUAGGAUAUCUGGAUUGAUGGUUUACAGUCCUAAUAACUGGAUUCAGUUUGAGUUUGGUGCCUCAAUGAGAAUCCAGUGAUCAAAGGUUUAGGGGUUCGUCUUGUGUACGAGAAUAACAUCAAUGAUCUAGAAUAGUACCUCUCAAUCUAGUGAUGAAGAUUUUAAUGAACGCCGUAAGAAUGAAAAACAAUACCCUGGAGAUCUUCAUAGACCCCUUCUGUAUAUUUAUAUUUUAUGAUGAUUGAGUUCCGGGUUUAUGUGAUUAUUAUAAUUAGUCAAUUUCACUUUUAUUGCGAAA